AUGAGGAGUCUUCUAUCAUAUUGCCUGCUUUCUGCACUAGCGACCUUUGUUCUAAACAUCGCGUGGCAGAAAUGGUGGUUGCGCGAGGUCUUCGUUGACCCGUCAGCGAUUAUAUCUCAGGCACUGAGAAUAACAUCAAGGUCAUGGGAACUCGGUACACUAACACAGGCUCUUCUUGAGCUUGAAGCUCCAGAGCUGACAGUGUUCGCAUCAAACCCUUUCCCUGAAGGUCAGAUUCCUCCAGUCGUCCAACCUGAUAAUGUGAGAGCGCUCAAAUACGCACGUUCCAACAUAUGGACGAAUCAUUCUCAUCUACUCUUCAAUGGAGAGGGCUCGCCAGCGGAUCCGGCUUCGUUGGGGAUUGCUGCACUCCUCCUCGGUGGGCAUGAUCAAACCUACUCGGACGCAGCAAGACGACAAGCCGAAUAUCUGAUGUUCAACGCCACGAGAUUACAUAUAAAUCAGACCAAUUUGGCCAUUUCUCACCGCGACGAGCCACCAGAGCUCUGGGGAGAUUUCAUUUACAUGGUCCCUCCCUUUUUGGCUUACUAUGGUGCCGUCAACCACGACCUGUACCCUCUGCAAGAGGCUGUGCGCCAGUGUCAGCUUUACAAUGAUGUCUUGGAGACCGACAUCGUCCUCGAGUCGGGCAAGAUCUGUCGAGGACUGUGGCGGCAUAUCGUGUCAGGUCCGGCAGAGUUGCCAUCGGGCGUGUGCUGUUCAGAUUCAAAUGUCUGGCUGACAAGCAACGCGUGGGCAGUAGCUGGGAUGACCAGAGUGCUUGCCACAGUUCUGAAAUGGAGUCCACCUGCGACCAGCAGCAUCAACUUGACUGCUUACGAUGAUUUCGUGGGUGCAACAAAAGACGUCCUUAUCAAUAUCAUCAACUCCAUGCUCACAUGCACGAUUGCUCAAGGUCGAGACAUGAGCUCUGGUCUACUGCGCAAUUAUCUGGAUGGAAGAGCACGACUUCCUGCAGCUGAUGCCUUUGGAGACACGGCUGGAACGGCACUCAUGGCAGCGGCUGUUUGUCGACUGGCGGUCCUUUUCCCCGGUCUCUUCGCCGCGUCAGACAUUUUGCAUUGGGCCGAUGCCAAUUGGUAUGCUGUAAUAAAACACAUUGACAAGUCAGGUAUAGUUGGGCCAGUAGCAGAUGUGUCGAACGUCCCGAGCAAAGUCCCAGUUCGGCAAACGAGCGAGGGACAAAGUAUGGCCUUGCUCAUGUACAGUGCGCGACGAGAUUGCGUUAGAGCAGGAUUAUGCGAUGGGGCGACAAGGGUUCAGUCGAAGCUGGUGGCCAAACUGCUAUCUAUGUGGCGUCAGAAAAGCGCAGUAUGGGCAUAAGUGGCACGAGGCUGAGAUAGAUGCGAGGAAGAUUUGUCAGGGAAUUGAGUGCGUCCUCGUACUCGUAGUGGCAGGCGAAGGCGACGGCGAAGACCCCGGACGAG